AUGAACGAAAGCAGCGAUGGAGCUGUCAGUAAAGAAGAUAUCCAUUGUCUUUUGGAACACUUUUCCAAGUCGACGCACAAAGUUCGAAGUGGUGACAUGAAGGGAGAUACUGUUAUGGAAACAUGUUUACAUUUGAUUGGAAAAGAUUAUAAAUAUUCGAUAGUACAUAAUUUUAAUGGUGAACUAUGUAGUCAGUAUCCUAAUAAGUUAGUGGUAUUGGAAUAUGAGUUAACAGAAGGUGAUAAAUCCAAUACAAGAGAUGACUUACAGAGUAUAUAUGAUAUGAAUAAAUUAAGAGAAAGUAUAAGACAGGCUAGAUUUGCACGAUGUAGAUCAAGAUUUGUUGUACCUGUCAUGUUAUUUGAAGGAAAGCAAAUUUGUAGAUCUGCCACGUUGUCGAGUGGUGCCGAGAUGUAUGGAAGAUCAGGAAUUGAUUUCCUUUUUUCAAGUAAUGAAGCUAUACCUAAUGGUACCAAUGGAGAACAAAGUGAAAUGCAGUUAUUUGAUAGAUAUAGAGGUCAAGAUAUAGGGUUAUUAAAAGAGUUAAAAGUUGGAUAUAUCUGUGAUUUAAUGGUUGAGAAGAAAAAAGUCAAAUUUGGAAUGAAUAUAACAUCAUCAGAGAAGGUAGAUAAAGAAAACCGGUAUUCAGAUUUUACUAUACUAGCUGUACCAUAUCCAGGUUGUGAGUUUUUUAAAGAAUGGAAAGAGAAAUGUUUUACAGGGCAAGUAAUUCAGUAUGACUGGAAUCAGGGUUUUAAUGAUGCUUUAUUGGAUAUACCAGAUACUCCCCUACUUUCACAAUUACCCAUAGACUGGCUUAAAUACAGGGAUUGGGAUUUGAUCCAGUUGACACAAAAUUAUUUAAAACUUUUAUUACAUUUAGUAACACAAGGUGACAGUGGGUUAUUAGUACAUUGUAUAUCAGGAUGGGAUAGAACACCACUAUUUAUAUCUUUACUAAGAUUAACACUAUGGGCAGAUGGUGUUAUUCAUCGUACUUUAACACCUGCUGAAAUACUCUAUUUAACACUUGGUUAUGAUUGGUACUUAUUUGGUCAUAAUUUAUCAGACAGAUUGAAUAAAGGAGAAGAGAUUUUAUCUUUUUGUUUUACUUUUUUACGAUAUAUUGGUACUGAAGAAUUUUCUGUGAUAAAACGAAAACGUAGGACAUCAACUAAGUUACUCCAGCCUGAUUUACAAGUUAUAGAAGAAAGAAGAGUAAUGAGAGCUAAUUCUGAAUCUAACAUUCCUCUUGACUCAGUUUUAUUAGAUGGAGAGUUUGGUCGAGGUUCUUUACGAGGUAGUAAUACAAGUAUUAGUAGUUUUAGUAGUACCGAAACUGGUCCUAUUACCUUCACAGUCGGUCAAGAUGAAGAAAACGCUAUUGUCUUCAGUGAAGACCCUUCAAAACCACCAAGUAUUAGUCGAUGUCGGAAUUCCCCUUUGGCUUCAACAGCCAGUGCUGGCUCUACUGAGAGUUCUCUCCCUUAUACUGGCAACCAUUUUAAUUCUGCUUCAUCAUCUAGUCCUGUUGCUGUACCAAAUUUACAUCGUCAGUCUGAGGCUUCCAGAGCUUGUUCACCGGGUUAUGGAAGCUGGCAGAUUAUAUCAAGCUGUGGCAGUCUCAGAACAUUAGGUUCAACAGAUUCUCCUCAUAAUAUUAGCUCUGAAAAAUCCAGUUCUUCAGGCCAUAGUCACGUUAGCUUUAGCUCUUGUCAAGAAGCGAGUGAGAUCAACAAUACAUCAGUUCGGUGGCAGAAGUUAGAUUCUGUCAGACGGAUAUUCCAGAAUGCCUACUCCAAUACUAUUACUACCAGAGUGAAUGGAGAGAGCAGUAGUAGUAGUUUAACGUCAUUAGUCAAUCAUUUUGCUGAGAAAGUUGGUAUCAAAUCAGGGAAGAAUACUGUUAUUUGA